AAGAGCAGGCGGCGUGAUGAAAUAAUAACAUGUUACACAGAUCGUUGUAAACUGACCCCGUUUAAGCAAGAAAAAUCACAUUUUGUCGUCACGUUUUCCAGAAUAUUCCCACUUCUCUUCGUCAGUGCAGACUUUGGUUAAGCGGAAACUCUGUUGAGAUGCCUGUCCUGUGCAGCUGCUGUGCGGAGAAACGAGCCGUGCUGAAACGUCCCAAAACUGGCCACUCGUUGUGCAAGGAGUGCUUCUUCUGCGCGUUCGAGGAGGAGGUGAAUCAGACGAUUGUGUCAGCAAAGCUAUUCAAACCAGGGGAACGAGUAGGAAUCGCGGCUUCGGGAGGAAAGGACUCUACGGUUCUUGCGCAUGUAAUGAAGCUCCUAAAUGAGCGCUACAACUACGGCCUUGAACUUAUGCUUCUCUCUGUGGAUGAGGGAAUCACUGGUUAUCGAGAUGACUCGUUGGAGACUGUAAAGAGGAAUGAGCAACAGUAUGAACUGCCCUUGACAAUCGUGUCGUACGAGGAGCUGUACGGCUGGACUAUGGACGCUAUAGUGAAGCAGGUGGGACUGAAAAAUAACUGCACCUUCUGUGGAGUGUUCAGGCGGCAGGCGUUGGACAGAGGAGCCAUCAUGCUGAAGGUGGACAAGAUAUGUACAGGUCACAAUGCUGAUGAUGUGGCAGAAACAGUUUUGAUGAACGUCCUGCGAGGAGACAUAGCUCGUUUGCGCCGCUGUACUGCCAUCUCAACUGCCAGUGAGGGUGAAGCAGUAGUGCCGCGUUGCAAGCCCCUGAAAUACGCCUAUGAGAAGGAGAUUGUCCUGUAUGCUUACUUCAAGAAGCUGGAUUACUUUUCCACUGAAUGUAUCUACUCACCCAAUGCUUAUCGUGGCUAUGCAAGGACCUUUUUAAAGGACCUGGAGAGUGUAAGGUCCAGCUCCAUCAUAGAUAUCAUCCACUCUGGUGAGAACCUGUCUGUGCGGGAGGGUGUAAAGAUGCCUGUGCAGGGGACCUGUAACCGCUGUGGCUACAUCUCCAGCCAGACGUUGUGCAAGUCUUGUGUGCUGCUGGAGGGGCUGAACCGAGGCCUGCCAAAGCUGGGUAUAGGCAAGCACAACCGUCUGCAUCAUAAAAUUCUCUCCCGGCAGCCCCUGUCUGAGAAGGAAGAGAGGAAACUCAAAUCUGCUGAGUUUUGACAGUUUUUAAUCAUCUAUUUUAGCCUCAUCGUUUUUCGAAUAAUCUUUUUUUCUAUAUCUUUUUGUAUGGGAAAAGACGAGUCUUAGUCAGUGGUUCUCAAAUGGUCCAAAUACAAAAUGCCAUCAUGCACUGGUAAAACCAACAAAUGAUAAAUGUCCCUCAAACUAAAAGUAAUAAUAAUAAAAAAUACUUUUCACUUUCAACUUAUUUUAACACGUAUAACAACCCAUCUACAACCCAUUCAAUUUGGCAACCUUUUGUGGGUAGUAGCCCUCCGUCUGAGAAAGACUGGUCUAUGUUAUCAAAUGCCAUGUUUUCAAUGAUUUUUAAUUCAAUAUUUAUUAUGUUAAUAUAUUUUUACAGCUGUUGACCUCGAUCAGUGAAAAAUCUCUUGAGAAACACAAUAGUAUUGUUCAAUAAUGGAUCCGUAUCCAGUGCAUUUGUAGUUGGUUAUAAAACGUACACCAAUAAAGAAAGGUUUUGGUUUAAAUGUUACUUUAUAUUCCAGCAUAUAUAAUUUUUAUGAAUUAUUAGAUUUGGGGUGAGGUGCUGAGACAUCGACUUUCCUCCCAAGUUGUUUUAUGAACUAGAAUUCCAUAAUAAAUAGAUUGUUUACAGGU